AGAAGUUGGGUAGAUCUGCAUCGCGUUCACUGGUGACUUAUUUAAACCUACUCCCCACUCUCACAUUAACAUUCUUUCGCCUCUUCUUUCUCAACUCACUCUUUUCGCAUCCAUCAACAAUGGUUUCGGAAGGCGUUCUCCUCGGCAUGGGUAAUCCUCUUCUCGACAUUUCCGCUGUCGUCGACGAAGCUUUCUUGCAAAAGUUUGAUAUCAAGUUGAACGAUGCCAUUCUCGCUGAAGAUAAGCACAAAUCUAUGUACGACGAAAUGACUGCCAAAUAUACAGUGGAGUACAUUGCUGGAGGUGCUACUCAGAAUUCCAUCAGGGUUGCUCAGUGGAUUCUUCAAGCUCCUGGGGCAACUAGUUUCAUGGGUUGCAUAGGAAAGGACAAGUAUGGUGAGGAGAUGACCAAGAACUCUAAACUUGCUGGUGUAAAUGUUCACUAUUAUGAAGAUGAAAAUACACCUACAGGAACUUGUGCUGUUUGUGUGGUUGGUGGUGAAAGGUCUCUUAUUGCCAACUUAUCAGCUGCAAAUUGCUACAAGGUUGAUCAUUUGAAGAAACCUGAAAAUUGGGCAUUAGUUGAAAAGGCCAAAUAUUUUUAUAUUGCUGGCUUUUUCCUCACUGUAUCCCCCGAAUCCAUACAAUUAGUUGCCGAACAUGCAGCUGCAAAUAACAAGGUCUUCUCGAUGAACCUUUCUGCACCCUUUAUUUGUGAGUUCUUCAAGGAUGCACAGGAGAAAGUUCUUCCAUAUAUGGACUAUGUUUUUGGAAAUGAGACAGAAGCAAGAACAUUUUCUAAAGUUCAUGGCUGGGAGACUGAUAAUGUCGAGGAGAUAGCUAUCAAGAUAUCUCAGUGGCCAAAGGCAUCAGGAACACACAAAAGGAUUACUGUUAUCACACAGGGUGCUGAUCCCGUGUGUGUUGCUCAAGAUGGGAAAGUGAAAUUGUACCCUGUAAUACUAUUACCUAAAGAGAAAUUAGUUGAUACCAAUGGAGCAGGAGAUGCCUUUGUUGGAGGAUUUCUUUCACAAUUGGUUCAGGAGAAGCCUAUUGAAGAAUGUGUGAGAGCUGGGUGUUAUGCAGCAAAUGUUAUCAUCCAAAGGUCUGGCUGCACUUACCCAGAGAAGCCUGAUUUUCAUUAAGUGAUUCUUCUCCAGAUUUCAUUACUAUUAUGAAGUUUUGAUUGAGAACGAUUUUAGUUGCAUUUUAGUAGUUGCACUCUAACUGGUUUGGGAUUUUUAAAUCUCCGACCAGGGAGAAGGGGUGAGAAAGCUGCCGAGGGAGACCAAUUGAAAUAAGUUUAUGUAUUUGAAGUCCUAUAUAUCUGGGCAUCAUGUUAUUUUUGCUGUUUGUUAUCACAAGCCUUUUUUCAUUUUUGGUUACAAUGUUAGCUAAUAUUGCUAUAUGAUGGCUAUGAAAAUAGCUAUUAUUGUUGUUUUAUAUGUUCUAUCGUAUUUGAAAGUCUUGGUAGUUUUCUUUCUUCUC